GAUUCCAACCUCGUCCCAUAGUGCCGCCCAGCAAUAUAACAGUACAGCAGCACUAUUAGGUUUACAUACUGCCCCACCCCCCACACACCCACUCUCACCUACAUACCUACAUCUCAGUCCUCCUUCUUCCCUUCGUCUUCCAUCCCACGCAGAUUAUCUAACCGCGGCAAGUGCGCUUCAAGCGAGUGCGCUCGCGAGCAGUGAGUUCGAAGCUGCCCGGCUCGGUUCACCGAGUCUAAGGAACAGCUUUAGGAACAGGAAACGUGCAUUGAGCGCGUCUCCAUAUUCAGAUAUAGAUAUAAAUGCUAUGAUAAGACUUAGUCAAGGUGCUGGCAGCCCUGCCCACCUUGCAGCUACCCUUCAGUCUGCUCAUCUUCAACAGCUACAGCAGCUACAGUCACACAUCAUGCGUAGUGCAGAACUUCGUAGUGCAGAGCUACGCAGUGCAGAGUUACGUAGUUCACCGUUCCUUUCCCCGCAGAGUUCGCUCUUACACUCAUCUGCUCUACACUCUGCACAAACUGGUUAUUUUCCUAUUUUUGGAAGCUCUGGAUCUCCUUUUACUCCAGUCUCAAAGGAGAGCAGAGAACCAGUUUACCAGCAGAAACUAGAGUCGUCUUCCAAUGUAGUUUCGUCGACAAUGCAAGACGAAGACGAGAAAAUGAAUAUUAAGGUUGAGGUUGAUGGAGAUGGAAAAGAAGAACCUGACUUUAUUGAAACCCACUGCCACUGGACAAACUGUGAUAAAGAAUAUGGAAAUCAGGAUGAUUUAGUAAAGCACAUAGCGAAUGAUCAUAUACAUGCAAACAAGAAAAAUUUUAUCUGCCAGUGGAAGGACUGUUCAAGACAAGAAAAACCGUUUAAAGCCCAGUACAUGCUGGUUGUACAUAUGAGAAGACAUACUGGAGAGAAACCUCAUAAAUGCACGAAACCGUACGUGUGUAAGGCACCUGGCUGUACAAAACGGUACACGGAUCCUAGUUCACUUCGUAAACACGUGAAAACUGUACAUGGGGCAGACUUCUACGCUUCUAAAAAACAUAAAGGAGGAGAAUUGGAUGGAAGGAUGGAUGACCCUAGGUAUAGAGAAGUGGAUGGAGCUUGUCAUCCGCUCACUCCACUCACUCCAAAUAGCAAUAAUAGUGGCAGCCCUAAAAUCAAAACCGAGCUUCCCUUCUCUCCUGGAGAACUAUCCAACCCUGAUUCUAACCACGCCUACCACCAUAGUGGCUCCACCCACCAGCACCACAGGUCCGACCACCUACCCAUCUCCGACAACAACGUCACGACUACCAACGACGCCCUGGACGCCGGAGAGUGGGAUGUCCAUGAGGGAGAAAGUGAUAUUGAUAUAGCGGUAGCGGCGGCAAUCGGUGUAGGCGGUGACCUCGCUGAAGGAGUUCGAAUUUCCCGCCUCGCCCCCCGCCUCCGAGGAAAGGCGGGUAUGAUGCCUCGGCGGGGGCAAAUAGUGGCGGGUAUGGGAGAAAUAAAUAGAUCCAUAGAGAAGAUGUCUCUAGAUGAAAGUUACUCUGGAGGUCAGGGAGGUCAGGGGUGUGGAGGCCAGGGAGUCCAGGGGGUCCAGGGAGUCCAACACAAACAAGGACUUCAGGGACCUCAUCAAACAACGUUUUUACAAAACAACACAGUGAACAGACGGGACAGUAACUGGACUGUAAGUACCGAGGGAUAUGGAAGUAUGAGAUCAAAUACCUCUGUGAGUCGACGGUUUAGCGAAAUAUCCCAGAUGUCUGGAGUAUCUGGCCGAGCAGGAAUGUCCAGUCCAUGGGAUCCUAUCUCCCCUGGCAGCUCAAGGCGGAGCUCGGAGGCGGGUGCCCGCGGGGCGGAGGCGGGUGCCCGUUUGGCGGAUUUAAGAGGAGAUCAUGGUGCCCGUAUGUCCCCCGUGAUGUCACAUCAUUUGUCCAAGUUACACAAGAAAGCUUUAGUUGCAGGAACCAACUCCAGUCUGUUACAGAGUGGAAGUAUGGCCGGAGAUCUAAUGUCGAGUGUCGAAGGAUCAAGAGACCUCCUGACCUCCUCACAGGUUGACCCUUCUGACCCUCAGGGCCGACGUAUGAGCGACCCAGUGCGACCUCUCGACCGGAACUUUGGUGUUGGUGGUCAACUUUCUCGACAUCGUAGCUUUGGUAACCUGGGGGCGGGGGCAGCCGGGGGUCGAACCCCACUUCACAAUCAGAGGGUGCGCGGUCAGGAGGGGUUCAUGGACCCAGCACAGUUACAGCAGCAGACGGUCAACCAGGCCAUGUAUCCUGGUAUGCGUAUGUAUGGUACUGGAAUGGGCCCUGGAACUGCUAAUGAAAUGGGCCCUGGAGCUGCUAACGGUAUGGGUCCUGGAGCUGGCAUGGCUGGUGGAGCUGGAAUGGGAGGAGGUCCAGGGACUACAGGAUACUACCCUGGGUUUAACAUGCAGGGUUAUGAUCAUCAGCAACAGCAGCAGUACUUCAACAACUAUGGAUUUAACCAGCAACAGCAAUGUGACUUCCAGCAGUUCCAGCAGCAACAGCAGUAUCCAGGAUGGGAGCAGCAGAACCCACAGCAACAGCAGCAGUCCUGGAACAUGGAAUGGAGCUGGAACAGGAAUCAAGGAGGACAAUAUCCUAACCAGGACAAGGACAGAAAACCAUCAGCAGGACAAACUCCAGCUGCAGGCGGACAAAUAGACUCCAGUACAGCUUACCAACGUACUCUGCAGUAUGUUAAGAACUGCCAGAGUUGGUCAAGUCCUGAGUAUCCUCCACAGGAUCAGAAAGACACAAAACUAAAACGGCCUUCGACUGAAUCCCAGGCCAUGCCGCCUCCUAGCAUACCACAAAUGCCCACCCAGCACGUGCAUGCCAAUGGAAUGCCCAACGGCAUGCAGCCGAUGGUGAGUAUGCCAAUGAACGGUAUAACAGGCAUGGUGGUUAAGCAGGACAAUAUGGUGCUGGGGGACAUGAAUAGCUCAAUGAAUCAGUUAAUGGAAGAGAACAGAUACCUACAAAUGUUACACUGAAGAUCGGAUGCCAUUUUGAAAAUGAUCCGCCAUUUUGAAGAUUAGCCGCCAUUUUUUAAAUAAUCCGCCAAACUGAACAUGAGCCGCCAUUUUUAAAAUGGGCUGCCAUUUUUAUAAAUAGUCUCCUUUUUUCCCAUUAUCUCUCUCCAUACUCUAUAAAAAGUGAUCUCGACACGUGCCUUUCAAAGAGUUUAAAGACUUUCAACUCUGUUCAUUAUAGUUGCCAUAUAUCUUACCCUUUUCUAGUAAAAUUAUUAUUAUUAUUAUUAUUGUUGCAUUUGAAAGUGUAUAUUUGUCCAUAUUUGUUUAACAUGCUGUUUGAAUAUAUGUAUAGAUUAGUAAAAAUGAAACCUGUUAAAUACUCGGCAAAUAUACUUUUUAUCUUCAUUGUUGUUAUAAAUAAACUCUUCCCAUGGAACA